AUGGCGUCACCGCGGCUGGAGACGUUCUGCUGCGCAAAUCGGGACGCGGCCACCGAGCUGGUGGUCACCUUCCAGCCGCUCUUGUUCGGAAUCGUGACAGCGGCCAGCGCGGUCGUCAGCGUGCUUUUCACCGUGCUGCAGAUUCUGCCCAAGAGAAAAGGCUACAGGAGGCUCGGCCAGUAUCCGCUGCCCAGACCCGCGUCUUCAUCACGGAUACUCUUCAUCAUCAGCGUGUGUGACAUUUUGGGAUGCACAGGCAUCAUUUUGAGGUCCUCUCUUUGGGUGGGCCUGCCCAACACGGUGGAACAGAUCUCCGAGGCCAACAGUACAGAAACUUGGCCGGACGUCUUCUGUAUCGGCAGCGCAAUGUGGAUCCAGUUGUUCUACAGCGCUUCGUUCUGGUGGACUUUUUGUUACGCCAUCGACGUCUUCCUGGUGGUCAAAACGUCUGCAGGAAUCAGCACCAUUAUCCUGUACCACAUGAUCACAUGGGGUCUGGCUUUGCUGCUUCUUAUCGAGGGUGUAGCCAUGCUCUACUAUCCUUCCAUUUCAAACUGUGAACAAGGCUUCCAGCACGCCAUCCCUCACUACGUCACCACGUAUGCGCCCAUGCUCUUAGUCCUAGUGGCCAACCCAAUCUUCUUCCACCGGACCACAUCUGCAGUGACAUCGUUGCUAAAAGGACGUCAAGGGAUCUACACAGAAAAUGAGCGGCGGCUAGCCAGCGCCAUAAAGAUACGCUUCUUUAAAAUUAUGCUGGUGUUCUUUAUUUGCUGGAGUCCCAACAUUAUCAACGAGAGCCUUCUCUUCUACCUGGAGAUGCAGGGGAACAUCGACGACAGCAGCCUCAGGAAUACCAGAAAUGCUACCUUGAUCACAUGGUUCAUCAUGGGAAUCUUGAACCCCAUGCAGGCCUUCCUCAACACAUUGGCCUUCCACGGCUGGACGGGCUUCGACGUGGACCUGAGCCCGCAGGGGAGGAGAGAGCUGGCCUGGGAGUCAGCCUCCACGUCAGUGGCCAAUGCGGGGGGACACAACUCCAUGGUGGGCACGGCCCUGCUCUACCAGAGCCACGUGCAGGAGGCCAAGAAAAACAUGAACGGCAACGGGCAGCCGCAGUCCGACGCCAUCAGCGUCCUCUCAGAAGGUUCAGAAUCUAGCACAGUUGAAAUCCACAUAUCCAGCGAGCUACCAGACUAUGCCGAUAUAGAUGCUGAUGAGGAAUCCUUGGGGACGUCAGGGAAGCACUAGCCAACGUCACAUCGCACUUAACUACAGCUGGUAAAAAGAAAGAACAAAAAAACAGUAGAUCUCCUUCGUCUCUGUAACACAUUUUCUCAUUCACUUGUGGCUUCUAGUGACCUAGAGAACGGUAAACGUUUGUGCUUGGCGACUCACAGUUAAGUCUUUUCUGCUCAAUAAGUUAUUUUAUUUUAUUUAGCAUCAUGGCUGUAUUCUACCAAUUGUGUGUUUUUUUUAGCUUUUAUUCUUAUAAAGUAGUAAACAUGUUUCUUACAUUGCUAGUGAUUGAGGUGUGUUGUGCAAGGGCAUGGUCAAGGUGUAAUGAGACUAGGCCGUUUAUUGUUGAUGGGAAAAUGAAGCUUCAAAUUUGCUUCAUGAAACAGUUGUUUUUUGAUUGCUCAAAAUGGCACUCUGUUCAACAUCGGACUGACUUGCCAUUUCCUUAACCCUUUUACUAAAUUUUAAUUUUUUUAUUACAAAUAAAAAUGUUAAUUUUUUCCAAAUAAAGGAGGAAUCAGUUUCACAAACCA